AUGGGCCCCCUGAAAACGGCCUCCCAUUUUGCUGCGAUUCAUCGCCAGACUCUGCCAUGUCCACUUUUCAGGUCUCCUCACACUGCUGGUGGGUUCCAUUUUUGUCAGGGGUGCUGUAGGGCCUCCAUUCUGCUGCUUCCACCGCCCCACUGUGGCUCCACACUUGGUUUUGCCCCGUGAUGCCCAAGAUGGAGUGAAGUGUGCGGUGAUUCUAGAUCGACGUCACUCAAUCUGCAUGUCAUACUGACUGAAGUAUUAUUUCUCUUCACCAGCAGACUCCAAGGGCAUUUAAAUUAAAGAGUCAGUGUUCUGCACUAAUAUAA